AUGCCUGCGUCUUGGCUUCCCUGGAUUCGAAUCCAGGAGUGCAAAAUCGAGUUUCUGAGGCAACCAGGCAGGCAGGCAGGCAGGCAGGCAGACCGAUGGACAGACGAGAUUGGCUCGUCAAAUGCGUCUAUAAUGCGAGACCACAUAUUCAAGCAUCGUUUAACGCGCGCUUUAUAUGCGUUCUCGUCCUGCCGAAGCGCUUCUGCGCGACCGAUGUCCCAGCAUCGGCGAGGCCGUGCUUGGUUUAUGGGAUCCUUGCAUUGUGCUUCGAACGCGAAUCUAAUAGCGAACGGUUCCAUUGCAAAUCCAUACAAAACAGGCGAUUUCUGGGAAACGAAAGGCUGUUCCGUUGGCAGGACAUGCAAGGCAGCAAGCUUUGUACACAGCAGAACCCGAGGUAUCCGUGAAUUCGAAACGUUCUAUGGACUCUGGGGGCGUACCGGUUAUGGAAUAGCCAUCUGUGCGAUGUGUCGAUGCCGUUUGGAUCCCAGGCUUUUACAUACAUCUCCACGCAGGUGGAGGAGGAUCGCGAAGCAUACACCCAGAGUUGUGUUUGCGAAGCGACCCAUAAACGGUCCAAUCGUGUGCUAUCGUCUUCCUGUUUCGAACGCAGCAAAUGCACCGCUGAGCGAAACUGCGCAUCGAGCGUGUGGCUGGGUAAGCUUUCGGGCUAGUCCAGAUAUGGUCAGUGUAUCGACGCCGUCAGCUGCCUUGCCAUUGGCACGCGAACGAGCCGGCGACAUUUUUUCCAUGGCAGUAAUGCCGCUGCUUUUGUGGAUGUGCUCUUACAAAGCGAUGCAGAUAAGCGCCGAGCGUGCAUGGCUCUGUUUCCGUUGUGCAGUUUUCGCUAGAAACUUGACAGCCAAUGAUACGAGCGGCACUACUCGAGCGUCACCGCGCUUCUUUUCCAUAGACUUCGUAAGAGCCUGGGCGUGCUUCGAUUCCGUUGUGUUGCUGCGAUAUUCGAGAAUCGUUUGGCGGACCGAGGCCAAUUGCAGUCGAGGACAUGCAGUAGUGCCCGCCGACAUGUCGCUUCUGCACUGCUCUCGAUGA